UAAAAACCAAAACACCUCUAUAAAACACACUCCAACCUCAAAUUUCUCCAAUAGCAAAAUCUAACUUUGCUUCUCUCUCUCUCUUUUCUUUUCCAACUUCAAAAAUGAAGAAUUUGAUUUUCCUAAUGAUGUUUCUAACCAUAUUACUACAAACAAAUGCCAAUAAUCUAGUAGAAACUACAUGCAAGAACACACCAAAUUACCAACUUUGUCUGAAAACUCUGCUUUCGGACAAACGGAGUGAAACAGGGGAUAUUACAACGUUAGCACUAAUUAUGGUCGAUGCUAUAAAAUCUAAGGCUAAUCAAGCUGCAGUGACAAUAUCGAAACUCCGGCAUUCUAAUCCUCCGGCAGCUUGGAAAGAUCCUUUGAAAAACUGUGCCUUUUCAUAUAAGGUAAUUUUAACAGCAAGUUUGCCUGAAGCAGUUGAAGCUUUAACAAAAGGGGAUCCAAAAUUUGCUGAAGAUGGAAUGAUAGGUUCAUCUGGAGAUGCACAAGAAUGUGAAGAGUAUUUUAAUGGUAGUAAAUCACCAAUUUCUGCAUUAAAUAUAGCAGUUCAUCAACUUUCUGAUGUUGGUAGAGCUAUUGUCAGAAAUUUAUUGUGAUACUCUUAUACAAGUGUAACAAUAUUAUCGAUCAUGAAUUUAUUAUGAGGUAUCUCUUUAUUCACA